AGUCAAAAUCCUUCUCCGCUCCUUCCAUUCCGACCUCCUACUUCCUCUCUCCCAUUGUCCCUUCUUUAUCCCUCUUAGUUUCUCUCGCCAAUUUUGCCACACUUGAAAUUUCAAUUUACUGCCAACAAGGAAAAAAAAAAAAAACCUGAAGUCAACAACCAAGAAAAAUCGAAAUCUGGUAAUCUGAUCGGACGGUUUAAGGGGGAGGAUGAGCACGAAGAAGAAAACGACGCAGGUUCAGAGGACGAGGACGAGGACUCGUGUAGGGAAGUACGAACUCGAAAGAACCUUGGGUGAGGGGAGUUUUGCAAAGGUUAAGUUGGCCAAGAAUGUUGAGACCGGCGAGUAUGUGGCCAUUAAAAUCCUGGACCGUGACCAAGUUCUCCGCCAUCGAAUGGUUGAACAGAUAAAAAGAGAAAUAUCAACAAUGAAGCUUAUCAAGCAUCCCAAUGUCAUUAAAAUAUUUGAGGUUAUGGCAAGCAAGACGAAGAUUUAUAUAGUGAUCGAGUUUGUUGAUGGAGGCGAGCUUUUCGACAAAAUUGCCAAGCGCGGGAGACUCAAAGAGGAUGAAGCUAGAAGCUAUUUCCAUCAGCUUAUUAACGCUGUUGAUUACUGCCACAGUAGAGGCGUCUACCAUAGAGAUUUGAAGCCUGAGAAUCUUCUUCUGGACUCUUAUGGUGUACUUAAAAUUUCGGAUUUUGGAUUGAGUGCUUUAUCACAGCAAGUUCGGGAGGAUGGUUUGCUUCAUACAGCCUGUGGGACUCCCAAUUAUGUUGCUCCAGAGGUGCUCAAAGAUCAAGGUUAUGAUGGUACAUCAUCUGAUAUUUGGUCUUGCGGAGUAAUUCUCUUUGUACUUAUGGCUGGUUAUUUGCCUUUUGAUGAGCCAAACCUUAUAGCCUUGUAUAAAAAAAUAUGGAAGGCUGAUUUCACUUGCCCAUCAUGGUUUUCAUCUGGUGCUAGGAAAUUGAUAAAGCAUAUUCUUGAUCCAAACCCUCUUACUCGUAUAACUAUUCCUGAAAUCUUACAAGAUGAAUGGUUCAAGAAAGGGUACAAGCCACCACAAUUUGAGCAUGAGGAGGAUGUAAAUCUUGAUGACGUAGAUGCUGUUUUUAAUGACUCAAUGGAACAUCUUGUUACAGAAAGGAAGGAGAAACCCGUGUCAAUGAAUGCUUUUGAGCUUAUCUCUAGGUCGCAAAGCUUUAGGCUAGACAAUUUGUUUGAGAAGCAGAAGGGCAUUGUGAAGCGAGAAACCAGUUUUGCCUCCCAAUGUCCUCCUAAUGAAAUUCUCUCAAAAAUUGAGGAAGCUGCAAAGCCUCUGGGCUUUAAUGUUCACAAGCGAAACUACAAGAUGAAGUUGAAAGGUGACAAAAGUGGGAGAAAGGGACAGCUUUCUGUAGCUACGGAGGUGUUUGAGGUGGCUCCCUGCUUGCAUGUGGUGGAGCUCCGGAAAACUGGCGGUGACACAUUGGAGUUUCACAAGUUCUACAAAAAUUUUUCUUGUGGAUUGAAAGAUAUAGUCUGGAAAUCUGAAGAAAUUGCUGAAGAGGAAAGGCCAUAACUAAAACUACCUUGUUUUGGUUCAUCCUUGCUUUAGCCUCAUGCACGUAUUUCUUGGAGUCGUUAGUACAUACUGUUGGUUGCGCGGUAGGGGAAGAUGAAUGAAUUAGAUACCUCAAACGUGAGGCAUGGUUCAUUGCCCGGGUUCUUAUAUAAAGGGGGUUCAGCUUUGUUUACUUGGGAAGUAGUCAAAUCCAUUGAAAAUUUGCAAUUAGGUUACUGUUCAUCAGAUGGAGAAAUGCUGUUCUUAAUGCUAUAUUUUGAGAAUAUAUAUAUUAAUUAAAUUAUUAUGUUGUAAAAUGAAUAAGCUAACGACAAUUUGUGAUAUGUAUCUCAAUUUAAUAACCACAUCGUAAAAGAAUAAAAAAGUAAACUCAACUUGAUAGAAAAUAGAAAAUUAAAAAAAUAAUUGAACAAGGCCUUAAACCCUGUGAAGGAGAAGUAGCUGGUUGAAUGCCGAGCCCCAAAAGGAUAAAAAAGGCAUAUCCGGCUUAGUAAGUUGUAGCCCAAAAGGUCCAUUACACAUCUUGAGAAAGCCUGGUCAUUUCACUUAUUCAGUUCCU